AUGAAAACACGUAUACUUCCAGAACAUAAAUUUAUUUUAUGGUUAGCAAUGUCUGAUGAAUAUUGGCUGAUAUCUGCGCCGGGAAAACCGUCCCCAAGACAAACAUAUGAUCAAAUUUGUAAUGCAACAGGAAAAGAUCAAUUAUCAACAAAUUUCAUUUUUAAUAUUCCAGAUUUAAAGGUUGGUACACUUGAUUCACUUGUAUCAUUAUCCGAUGAUCUUGGAAAAUUAGAUUCAUACGUAGAAGGUGUUACACGUAAAUUAGCACAAUAUUUUAGUGAUGUUUUGCAAGGAGCAUCGUCGCAAAAGAUUGCAGUCGUCAUGGCAGAAAAUUUAGUCGUUGGACCAAAUAAUGGUAAACAUAUUAUUUUCAGUAAAAAUAAAGGCAAAAUGCUAGGUGAAUUAACGUUUUUGAGAAAUUAUUCUAUAUAUCAAGUUGAUCCUGUUACCUAUGUAACUGAUUUUCAAUGGGAUUUUGCUAAAUAUCCAACAAAACAACCAUUAAAAACGUUAUCAGAAGUUAUUUCUAAAGCAGUAACACAUAUUGAAAAUGAACUUAAACUUCGUAGUCAAGCAUAUAAUAAUAUUAAACAAACAUUACAAGUACUCGAAAAAAAACAAACUGGUAGUUUAUUAACACGAAAUUUAAAUGAUCUUGUUAAAAAAGAAAAUUUAUUAUUAGGUAGUGAAUAUUUGAAAACCUUAUUGGUAUGUGUACCAAAACCAUUAAUAAAAGAUUGGUAUGAUAAAUAUGAGACUUUAUGUGCAAUGAUUGUACCAAGAACAUCGGAAUUAAUUACUCAAGAUCAAGAUUAUGUUUUAUUUACAGUUACAUUAUUUCAAAAAACAGAAGACACAUUCAAACAUAAAUGUAGAGAAAAUAAAUUUACUGUUCGUGAUUUUACAUUUGAUGAGCAAACAUUAUCAUCAGAUAAAGAACAAUUAAAUAAAUUAGAAUUAGAUCGUCAAAAAUUGUAUGGUGGUUUAGUACGAUGGUUAAAAAUUAAUUUUGGCGAAGUCUUUUCAGCAUCUAUACAUAUUAAAGCAUUAAGAAUAUUUGUCGAAUCUGUUUUAAGGUAUGGUUUGCCUGUGAAUUUUGUUGCUAUUGUUAUUCAUCCAUUGCGUCGUUCAACAAAAAAGUUACGUGAUGUACUCAAUAAUUUAUUUGCUUAUUUGGAUCAAUCGAGUUCAACGCGACAAGAAGAUAAUUUUGAUAUACCCGGUGUCUUUUCAUCACAACAAGAAUAUUAUCCCUAUGUUUAUCUCAAACUCGACCUUGACUAUACGGAAACAAAAAAAUCGUAA